CUGGAGGAGAACGAAGUGCUCAACGUGUGCAUAGAAACAUUAGAAGCCCUCAAGCAUGUCCCUAAGAUCAGGUCCUCCCCGCUGUGGCAACACCUCCUGUCCUGGAUCGCCAUCCCCAUGUCUAUUCUCUGCGUGUUCCUCACAUUUGCUGUCUACGCCUUACUUCCGGCGCUGCGCACGCAGCCGGGGCUAAACGUGAUGGGCACGUGUGCCGCUCUCUUCGUCGCGCAGGUGGCGCUGAUGCUGGCGUCAAACCUUCAGACCUCUGGAGUGUGGUGCCAGGCCCUGGGGAUCUUAGUUCACGAGGCUUGGCUGAGCGUCUUUUGCUGGAUGGUCGUGUGUUCCAUGCACAUGUUCCAGGUGUUCUCUGCCAAAACUCGCCACGAGUCCAGGUCGUUGAUCUGGGAAACCACGCAAAACAUCGCAGUGUCCAUCUUACUUCCGGCUGUCGUGGUGGCGCUAGUAGUCGCUGUCUCGUACGUGCAAUCGAAAGGCGAGUCUAUCGGCUACAGCAGCGAGUCUUGUUUUCUGAGCUCGCAGCUGCUGGUGGGAACGGCCAUGGUGCUGCCACUCUCUGUCAUUGUGGUGCUCAACCUGGUGCUGUUCUUGCUGACACUCAGGCGAAUCCACGAGGUGACGAAACUCAAGCCACACUCGGACUCCAGGCAGGAGACCUACCAGCACGUGUGGGUGUGCGCGCGCCUGUCGAUGCUUACCGGCGUCAUGUGGACGCUGUCGCUCCUGUCAGAAGGUCUUGAUCUGGACUGGCUGCGCGGUCUGUCCAUCCUAGCUAAUGGCGGGCAAGGAGUUCUUCUGUUAAUCUCUUACGUCACUACUCGGCGCGUGCGCAUGCUGCUGUACACACGUGUCGGGUACCGUGAUGACGUCACGUCGAACACACGGUCGACAACCGACAAACUCUCGUCAACUAUUGUUGACGCUGUGUCUACUAUUCACAGCUUGGAACAAAAAUCGUAGUCUGAGGAGCACCUUCAAAUUGUUGUUUUGGCAUCCUUGAUGUGUUAGCUUAAAUAAUGAAUUAUUUCCAUCGUAGGAGUAAUUAUGACGGAAGCAGAGAAACGAGGAGCGGACAGCAAAAACCUAUAACGUCCACUAAUGUUGAUGUCCGAAAAAAGUAAAUAUGUUUGUAUAGGAAAUAAAAACUAUUUAUAGACUGCAAUUCUUAUAUCAGAAAAUGAGCUGAAAACGUCUCCAAGGAUGAAAUAAGACAAUAAUUUUCAUUACUUACAUAAAUUCACAUAACUAAGCAAAAGGGAGUCUUUGUGAAAGUUUCACAAGUGUUUGAAAUGUUAAUGUCUAUGUUAGUGAGUUAAAUUUGAUUGUGAAGCUUGAUUGUGUCCAUGGGUUGCAGCCUCAAGGGCGCGCAACUGUAAGGAGGAGUGGGUAGAGACAGCGAGAGGUCACGUGCCUGUUCGUCUGAGCAUGCGCAGUGACGAAUCAGUCGAAUGUCGGGCAUAUUCUGCUCACGUCUGUUUUACAAAACACAAGUGACUGUCAACCAGUCAAACUCGACGGACGCCUUGUCAGAUGAGGCAUUGAGCUUUGACGAACAGCACACCGCAGUGUCACGUGCUUCUCGCCCUGUCCUUGAUCUCUUGACUUGACGACUGGACUGUAGAGUUUGGCAUUUAGAGAGUGGCAUGUAGGUAGUGGCAUGUAGAGAGUGGUAUGAAGUGACUGACAUGUACAGACUGGCAUGAAUAGAGCGGCAUGUUUAUACUGGGAUGUAGAGCGUGACACGUUCAUAGUGCCAUUUUGAGACUGGCAUGUGGAGAAUAGUAUGUA